AUGUCGGAAGUGAUGCAGGACAAGUCCAAAGUCAAGUUGUUGCCUCCCGCAUUUCCCGACAAGUCCCGGCUUCAAAGUUCAGGCUUGCGGUCCAAGGGCUUCGCCAUCACGGACCUCCUGGGCCUCGAGUCCACAUCUGCGUCGUUCGAGGGGGGCGAGGCUCAGAGUGGCGCUGGCUUGGGGCUGGGCCAGACCCUGGGCAGCGCCUUUUCUUUCCCAGGGGCUUCCCUCCCGCUGGGUCUGGGCUUCCUGUGCAGUCUGGCGGCUCAGCGGCCACCCGGGCCCACUGGAGGACCUCCCUGCUACUUGCCAGGUCACUUGCCGCUCCUGCAGAGACCCGACGGCCAUUUCCUGCACAGCGCCGACCCCCACAGGGAUACCUUCUCCGAUGAUGAGAUUCUGUCCGACCACGAGUCCAAAAGUUGUUCGGCUUCUCAGAAGAGGAAGAAGCGGCGCCACAGGACCGUCUUCACGUCCCACCAGCUGGAAGAACUGGAGAAAGCCUUCCACGAGGCCCACUACCCCGACGUCUACGCUCGAGAGAUGCUCGCCGUCAAGACGGAGCUGCCCGAGGACCGCAUUCAGGUGUGGUUCCAGAACCGGCGCGCCAAGUGGCGCAAGCGUGAGAAGUGCUGGGGCCGCAGCAGCGUGAUGGCCGAGUACGGCCUCUACGGGGCCAUGGUGCGUCACUCUAUCCCGCUCCCUGAGUCCAUCCUCAACUCGGCUAAGAAUGGCAUGAUGGGCUCCUGCGCCCCCUGGCUGCUCGGUGAGCCGCAUGCACGAAUGCACAGGAAGUCUCUGGAAAUGUCAUCUAAAAAGACCACCGCAUCCCAUCCUGACCGAUUGGACUCAAUGCGCACUUCCGACGCCUGCUGCCACACCCCUGAUGUGGAGGAGGCGGAGCCUGAGGCCGCUGGGCACCGGAAGGAAGACAAGGAGAAUGCAGAGGGGGAGGAGGACGAGGAGGGGGCGGAGGAGGAGGAGGAAGAGGAGGCCAUGGAUUUGUCUAGCUCCUCCAAACAGCAGCAGCUGCUGCAGAGCGAGAUCGGCGCCCAACAGCUGUGCUGA